UAAGCAAGCAGCAAAAUCGUCGGUCACACUUGACGUUACAUCAUGUGCAUUUUAAAAGGCAAAAUUAACUAAAUUUCGUGGAAUCACCUUAAAAUAGCAUUAAAAGCUCGAUUAGAUCGAGCAACAGGGUUCCAAGGGUCAAGCGGUGGAAAUGUACGCUUAUUGGAAGUUCGAGCAACGCUUUCCACGCAUUUCCAACUGAAAACGCAGCAGACGAGGCGCAGCAACAACAAAACACCGGAGAGGAAAAUAAAUAUAAAUAUAAAACAAAUACAAAUAUGAGCGAGAGUGGCAACAAUCAGUUUUGUGACGUUGAUUUUUGAGCAAAGACCCCAAAUAGCAAAACACACAAGAAACAGAUAUUUCAGUUUUGAGUUUUUGGUGGAGGAGGAGCGAACCCGAAUCCCUAGGCUGCAUACCUUUUGUUUUGUAUCGCAAUUCUCUUCUUCCCCAUAAAAAAACGAACCGAACCCAUCUACCAUAAAUCCAAUCGAAUCUUGAACCGGAUCCCGAAAUGGCGGCCUACUUGAACCGCACCAUCUCGCUGGUGACCGGGCAAACGGGACCCGCCCACGACGACGACGACCGUCACGCCUCCUCGACGGAUACGGUGGACAAAUCCUUAUCCCGACUCAACUCAUCGCUGCAACCAUCGGGCUCCACGGCGUCCGCCAAUCUGCUCCCGGAAUCGCGGCUCUAUCAAUCCAACGACAAAUCGCCGCUCCAGAUCUUCGUGCGCGCCAAAAAGAAGAUCAACGACAUUUAUGGGGAGAUCGAGGAGUACGUCCAUGAGACGACCACGUUCAUCAAUGCCUUGCAUGCGGAAGCGGAGAUCGUGGACAAGGCGGAGCGGGAGCUGUUCGAGAGCUAUGUGCACAAGGUGGCCGGAAUCCGUGAGGUUCUGCAGCGAGAUCACAUGAAGGUGGCCUUCUUUGGGCGCACCUCAAACGGCAAGAGCUCGGUGAUCAACGCCAUGUUGCGCGAAAAGAUCCUGCCCAGCGGCAUUGGGCACACCACCAAUUGCUUUUGCCAAGUGGAGGGCAGCAACGGUGGCGAGGCGUAUCUCAUGAAGGAGGGAUCCGAUGAGAAGCUCAAUGUGGUGAACAUCAAACAACUGGCGAAUGCCUUGUGCCAGGAGAAGCUCUGCGAGAGCAGUUUGGUUCGCAUCUUUUGGCCCAGAGAACGCUGCAGCCUACUGCGCGACGAUGUCGUCUUUGUGGACUCUCCCGGCGUGGAUGUGUCGGCCAACUUGGACGACUGGAUCGACAAUCAUUGCCUCAACGCUGAUGUCUUUGUGCUGGUCCUCAAUGCCGAGUCCACGAUGACGCGUGCGGAGAAGCAGUUCUUUCACACCGUUUCCCAGAAACUGAGCAAGCCGAACAUCUUCAUUCUGAACAACCGCUGGGAUGCCUCGGCCAACGAGCCCGAGUGCCAGGAGUCGGAACUGGCUAAGGUUAAGUCCCAGCACACGGAACGCUGCAUCGAUUUCCUCACCAAGGAGCUGAAGGUGAGCAACGAGAAGGAGGCCGCUGAGAGAGUUUUCUUCGUUUCUGCAAGGGAAACGCUGCAGGCGCGCAUCGAGGAGGCCAAGGGCAAUCCGCCGCAUAUGGGUGCCAUUGCCGAGGGAUUCCAGAUACGCUACUUUGAGUUCCAGGACUUUGAGCGCAAGUUCGAGGAGUGCAUCUCGCAGAGUGCCGUGAAAACCAAAUUCCAGCAGCACAGUUCGCGUGGCAAGAGUGUUUCCGGGGACAUGAAAAAGAUGCUGGAUGACAUUUACGAGCGGAUCACUAUAUUUCGUAAUCUAAAGCAGGACCAAAAGAAUCUGCUCACCGAACGCAUUCAGGGCACCGAGACGCAGAUGAUGCAGGUCACGCGCGAAAUGAAGAUGAAGAUCCACAACAUGGUGGAGGAGGUGGAGGAAAAGGUGUCGAAGGCUCUGAACGAGGAGAUCUGGCGUCUGGGCGUGCUUAUUGACGAAUUUAACAUGCCCUUCCAUCCAGAGCGUUUGGUUCUGAACAUCUACAAGAAGGAAUUAAAUGCCCAUGUCGAGAGUGGCUUGGGCAGCAACCUGCGUGCCCGCCUCUCCAUGGCGCUGGCCAUGAACGUGGAGUCCGCCCAGACGGAGAUGACCGACCGCAUGCACGCCCUGGUGCCCAACGAGCAGAUCCUGGCCACCAGCACCAAGAUGGUGGUGCGCACGCAGCCGUUCGAGAUGUUGUACUCGCUGAACUGCCAGAACCUCUGCGCCGACUUCCAGGAGGACCUGGAGUUCAAGUUCAGCUGGGGCAUUGCGGCGAUGAUCCAGCGUUUCACUGGGAAGGUUCGUGAGCGCAGCAAGAAGGGUCAGCCGGCGCUGGUUAACCGACAGAGCAGUAUUGGACACAGCGUAUCGACGCCCGCGACCACGCCGGUGGAGGCCACCCCUGUGUGCCUGCUGCCCGCUCCUGUAGUGGCUGGCAUUACGCCUGAACAGCUGUCGCUGAUCUCACGCUUCGCGGUGUCCUCCAUUGGAUCCCAGGGCACCGUUGGCGGACUCGUCGUCGCCGGCAUCAUGCUGAAAACGAUUGGGUGGCGCGUCCUGGUGGGCGUGGGUGCCCUCUACGGCUGCAUCUACCUGUACGAGCGCCUUUCGUGGACCAAUUCCGCCAAGGAGCGCACCUUCAAGGGUCAGUACGUGCGCCAUGCCACCAAGAAGCUCAAGAUGAUCGUCGACCUUACCUCGGCAAAUUGCAGCCAUCAAGUUCAGCAGGAACUUUCGAGCACCUUUGCCCGAUUGUGCCGCACCGUUGACACCGCCACCACGGACAUGAACGACGAGCUGAAGGCGCUGGACUCGCAGCUCAACAUCCUAGAGACGAACCAGAAACAGCUGAAGUUGCUCCGCAACAAAGCCAACUAUAUACAGAACGAGCUGGACAUCUUCGAGCAUAACUAUAUAUCGCCGCAAUAGGGUGGGGAACUGUGAAACACGAGGAAUCCUAUGCGAUCCAAAGCUUUAAAAUGGGCUCACAAGGAAUCCGGAUAAGGAAAACACAUACAAGCAAAUGGGAAAUCAUAGAAAUCAAGGAAAACCAAACACUUAAACGACUACAACAACAAUAAUUGACUAUGUUUUUGUUGCUCAACUCUCAGUUUUUUUUCUUUUUUUAUAUAAAUGCAUGAUUGAGCCAAUCGAUUGGUAAAUCUUUAUUCUCUUUCGUUAAAAAAAAUUGUUGAGAAUUAUUUUAAUUCCUAACUUUUUAACACUACUGCUGGUGUGAUUAUUUUGUUUUUUUGAUAAUUGUUGACCCCGAAACGUAACAUACAUACAUAGAAAUAUCCAAACACACUGUGAGCAUGGCCGGGUGCCAUGGAAAACCAAGUUAAGAUGAAUUAUAUUACAUGCCCCCCCUAUAAAGAGUAUGCCACUUAUUUACCUUACCUUCUAAUAGAAAGUCUUGUAAUUAUACAUAUUGUUUUUGAAUUGGAUGUUAGAAUAAUGAAAUGGCUCUUUGGGGUAAUGCAAACAUAAUAUACAAAUUUGUUGAUGUUGCAAAACAGAUGAAUGAUUCAUGAACGAAAACGAAACGAAAUAAAAGAUAUUUAUAAAAGAAGUAA